AUGCUCCAGGACGCCCAAGAAGACUUGAAGAAGAUGGCAGCGAAAACGCCGGCCAAGGAGAAGGAUGAGAAGGAGCCUGAUGGCUCGGAAGCAAAGGGGCGGCGACGCCGCAAGGUAAGGACACCCACCGCCCGCAGGAGGCUGUUCGCAUCCCCCUCUGAAAAGGGGUGUGAGCCUGUGCCCGGCGACACACCCGGAAGCCUUGAGGGGUCUGAAUCGGGCGAGGACAAAGAUGUGUUUGGGGGCAGAUUUGCCCGUGCGACCAGCAGCUUGCUGGUGGACAAGCGAGAGGCCAACUCACGGCCUUCCACGAGAUCCUCGGCUGCCAAGAAACGAAAAGCGGCCUCUCCGCUGUCGCAGCCGAAGCCCAAGCCCGACCGCCGCGAUCCUGCUUCGGUUUCGACGAAACCGAGAGAUUCGGGCUCCCCUGAGCCCGAGUUUGAGACGAAGGAGGAAGACCAGGCCGGCGACACGCACAGCUGCAUCGAUGCAGAAGUUGUUGAUUCCCUCCCUGCUGGCCUUUCGGAGCGAGAUACAGUCGUGAUCAAGGACAUCUUGGUCGCAGAGGACCUGCUGAAUAUGAAUGACUGCCUGGACAACUUGCUUGACGUCGCAGAAAGCCCUUUGGCUUUGAGGUUUUGA